AUGAGGGUGGCAAUACUUGGGGCCACAGGUCAAAACGGUUCGUCCAUUGUUGAUGGCCUGCUGGAAUCGGCCGAAGCAAAAUUCAAGCAGGACAUUAGUGCCCUUGUCCGACCUUCCUCACUCAAAAAGCCCAAUGUCAUCGCCCUGCAGGACAAAGGCAUCAGCAUAGUGCCAUUUAACCUUGAUGACCCUGAGGAUCGUGUCACAGCCCGACUCAAAGGCAUAGAUGUCCUUAUUGUCUGUUGCUUGCUUGAUGAAAGGGUUCUUGCAAAGGCAGCCAAGAACGCAGGAGUGAAACGUUAUGUUCCAUGCUUCUAUGCUACAGUCAUGCCUCGAGGUGUCCAAACGUUGCGCGACAAUAAGGAGGACAUCCUUGAUCACAUUCAAAGGCUGCAUCUUCCGUACACCGUUAUCGAUGUCGGUUGGUGGUAUCAGAUUAGUCUUCCGCGACUACCCUCUGGCCGCAUUGAUCGUAACCUGUUUCUCUACAAUACUGCUAUUGGAGGCAGUGGUGACGUGCUUUGCGCCAGGACUGAUUCCCGAGACGUCGGCAAAUACGUUGCUCGUAUUAUCGCAGACCCCAGAACUGUCAACCAGAAGGUCUUUGCCUAUACGGACCUUCGCACUCAACAUGAGCUCUAUAAUAUGGUAGAGCAAAUCAGUGGUGAGAAGAUUGAAAGGAAAUAUCGUACCGCUGAGGCCAUUGAAGAUGGUAUUGCUAGAACUAAGGAUGAUCCCUCCAAGAUGAUGGAUUACUUCCAGUUUACCUACCAAAAGUCGUAUGAUAUUAUGGGGGAAAAUACUCCUACAUACGCCCGCUACCUCGGCUAUCAAAUUGGUAAAGACCUCUACCCUGAUCUUGAGGGAAUCUCCUUUGAAUCGUUUUUCAAAGAGACGCUAGAGGUCGGCCUGAGGCCUAUGUAUGAGGAGUAUGCUGAUGUGAUGCGGGCUUCCAGCUCUUUCAUCUUUCAAGGAUGA